AUGUCGUCCCACGCGCUCUCGGACGACCAGGUCGCCGCCGAACUCAAAAAGAUGACGGCCUUCAUCCGUCAAGAAGCCCUCGAAAAAGCCCGCGAAAUCCAACUGAAAGCCGACGAAGAAUUCGCAAUUGAGAAAUCAAAGUUGGUACGCGAGGAGAUUGCCGCAAUCGACAGUCAAUACGAGAAGAAGUUCAAACAGGCAUCCAUGUCCCAGCAGAUCACUCGCUCCACCAUGGCCAACAAGACCAGGAUAAAAGUCCUCUCAGCCCGUCAGGAGCUGUUGGAUAGGUUGUUUGAGGAGGCGAGGAAGAAGUUGGUGGACGCCGGUGCCAAGAGCAAGAAUUACGACGAAGUGCUGAAGGGCUUGAUUCUUGAGUGCAUGUAUCUGCUCUGCGAAAACAAGGUGACCUUAAGAUGUCGGAAGGCAGACAAAGAGAAGGUGCAGAGUGCCGCGAAGAAGGCCGAGGCCGAGUACAAAAAAAACAUGGGCAGUGAGGUCCAAGCUACGGUGGACGAGAAGGAAUGGCUACCAGAUGAGUCGGCGGGCGGUGUCUUCAUCCUUGGUGGUGGUGGCAAGAUCGAAUUGAACAACACCUUGGAAGAGAGAUUGCACAUGCUCGAGACCGAAGCCCUUCCGAGCAUCAGAGCGACGUUGUUUGGUGAGAACGAGAACAGGAAGUUCCAUGACUAA